AUGUACUCGAACCAGGGAUCGCGCAAGUCGGUCGAUAGCCUGUCACCAACGCUGCCUUCCGGGCAUCGGGGUGACUUUCCCUUCCACGGCACAGGGCCCCAUGGCCCCCAGCGGCCCCAACAACGAAGAGGGUCGACCGCCAGCUCUAUCCAUUCCGUCGGGGGCUCGCUAGAUACCUGGGGCAACGCCUCCAACGCCGUUUUCGAGUCCGGACAAAAUGCGAUAUCCACGCUGCUCCAGCCGCCAAUAGUCCGGACCGGCCUUCUCCCACACACUGCCCCGCCCGCUUCGAGCGCACACAAGCCCCCGACGGCGCGAGACAUUCCGCCCGUGGCCCUCACCAAUAUCCCCCAUGUCGAAUCCUCCGAGUUUACCGGAUACCUGUCCGAGGUUGGGACGUUGUACGAGCAGCUUCGGCGGAUACAGGCAGAGGAUGAUCAGGGGGGCCGCGUGACUCGUCGGGGGGGGAAGCCCGAGGAGCCCCCAGAGACGUCGGACGAGGGACACUUGCGCCCGGGCCGGCGCCCAGGAGCGUCAUCACGCAGGACCUCGACUGCCUCCAUCAGCUCUCUACCGUCAAUCGACAUCCCCCAGGCCCAGCGGCGUUCGACCUCACGUUCGAGCUCACGUCCAAGGAGGACACAAGCACACGGCCCACCACCUCUUUCCACCAUCCCAACCGUGUACUUUGACCAGGACUUUCACCUCGAGAAUCCGCGCAUAUUCGACGUGGUUAGCGAGCGUUCCGAGGUCGUGCGGCCCGCACCGGGCAGCGAGGAAAAGAGCGCAUCCAAUGGUCAAGCCCCAGCGCCACGCAAAGCCUUGGCCACCAAUGCUAUUCUGCAGGAGAAGUUGUCGUGGUACAUGGACACCGUCGAAAUGCAUUUGAUCCAGUCUAUCUCCACGGCAUCGACCACCUUUUUUACGGCCCUUGGCUCUCUCCGGGAACUGCACUCCGAAGCUGCGGACUCGGUAGACAGGAUUAAGGCCCUUCGGAAAGAGCUGGGGACGCUUGACGAAGAGGUCGCGACGGGUGGUCUAAACCUCGUCCAGCAACGGAGGAAGCGCGAGAAUGUCAAGCAGCUCCACGACGCCGUCAUGCAACUGCGGGAGAUUGUUAGCGGCGUUGCUGUCUGCGAAUCCCUUGUUGAAGCCGGCGAAGUUGACGAAGCCCUCGAUAAAAUUGAUGCCGUCGACGCACUCGCAGCGGGCGAGGCCUCAAGCGCUCACCCUCCCGGCAUACAACUUCGCGACCUCAGGGAUGCUACCGCCCUUCAAGGUGUAGGCGGCGACUUGGAUACGCUCCGACACCGGAUAGGAAAAUCCUACGAGACCAAGUUCCUUGCCACGCUCUUGACGGAUCUCAAGAACCAUGUCGCAACCGUUUCGUCCCAGGAGGUCCUGAUGCGCUGGAGUAGCGCUUCGGCCCGGACCCGCGGGACACACAGCCGCGAGUCGUCUGCUUUCCCUGCAUACAUGGCUGGGACCAAUGCGAUACGUACAGAGCUCCUCUCUACUCUGACGGGCUUGCACCGUGCAAAGUACCUUACCGCCGCGGCCACGGCCUACCGGGAAUCUGCACUGCGAGAAAUCAGGACCAUUAUCCGUCGGCAGAUGCCCAGCUCAAAUGAAGAUGACAACGAGUCGCUCAUGUCUACCUCCACCAGGACUGGUGGUAGGCAGCGCUCGCAACAAGACAGGUCCAUCAUUCUGGCCCGCAACCUCCGCGCGAUGGAUCCUGCAGACGCCGAGACCCUUUUGACUACCAUGUACAUUGGCGUAGCUGAGGCGCUGAGGAGACUGAGUACGCAAGCUAAGGUCCUGCUGGAUGUGACGAGCUCCAUUGGCGAGCCGGCGCCUAUACCUUCGGGCGCCCGAUCACCGCUUCAAUCUCCCCCAUUCAGUCCGACGGCAAGGCAGGCAUUCGGUGCUGCACAAGAAGCCCAGGAAGAGAUCCACAUGGCCGUAGAUAUUGCCAAUCUGCUCGGCCAGGCUGUCGACGUGGCCCAAGAGAAGAUCGUGAAAGUCCUGCGAGUACGAUCAGAGCAGAGCAAGCGGCUCGACCUCUCGUGGUUCUUGCGGUACUUUACACUCAACCUCCAUUUUGCCAACGAAUGCGAGGCUAUUUCUGGACGCAGCGGGACGACACUUAAAACUGUCGUCAACAGCCACAUCAAAGACUUUAUCCAAUAUCACGGGGACGGCGAGAACCAGAAACUCGCCCAGGGGAUGGAAUCGGACCAGUGGAAUGCCGCCGAUUUUGGCGACAAGGAUACCGAAGUUCUCAACCAAAUUCUGGAGAGCAGCACUCGGGACGCCGCUGCCUGGGUUGAAGCCGCACAUGUUUGGAUCCCGCACCCCGAAACAUUAAAGGCGGGUGAAGACGCGGACGUGUUAUCGGCGCAGGCCAAUGGCGCCAAUGGCACCAGCAAGGCAAAGACAAGAAGCGCCGUGAUCGAAGCAGAAAGCUACCUGCUUCCCAAUUCUGCCAUCUCAUGCAUGCACGGCAUGGUCCGCUUCUUGCAUCUGAUAGCAGCUAUCCCGUCCAUGACGGGCGAGAUAUCCUCCUCUCUCGUUGCCUACCUCCAGCUCUUCAACUCGCGCUGCACCCAACUGAUCCUCGGUGCCGGGGCCCUGAAAACAGCGGGGCUCCGGAACAUCACCACGAAACAUCUUGCCCUAGCAUCCCAGGCUGUUGCCUUCAUGGCCGCCCUCAUCCCACACACCCGUGAGUUUGUCCGACGGCACUGUGGCUCGGGCACGACCGCAUCCCCGAUCAUGGGCGAAUUCGACAAGGUCAGGCGCGCGUUCCAAGAGCACCAGAACAGCAUCUAUGACAAGCUCGUCGAAAUCAUGAGUGGACGCGCGUCGCUCGGCACCAAGAAAUUGAGAGCUAUCCAUUGGGACCGCGACUCUCGGAGCCCUGCGAACGAGUACAUGGAGACGGUGGUCAAGGAAACCACCACGCUCAACCGCAACUUGACCAAGCAUCUCCCCGAAGGAACCGUGCGGAUGAUCAUGAUGCCUGUCUUCAAGAAUCACCGCGAGGCCUUUGGCGCGGCGUACCAGGCGGCUGAGCUUGAGACCGAGGAGGGCCGGAAAAGAAUGCUCCGAGAUGUCGAGUACUUCCAAUCCCGCCUAAGCAAAAUCGACGGGUUCGAGGACACCGGCGAUCACCUCGUCAGCAUCAUCAUGAGUAAACAAGUCACCGCGCCAGCUCCACCUCCAACCCCCCCAGCUGCAACACCAGCACCAGCCGCAGCCGCAGCCGCAGCUCCAUCACCAUCAACAUCCCCCACACCAACAUCGCCAGCGCCGGCCGAAUCAGCCCCAGCCUCGAACUCUGCCCCGGUACCUGCGGCCCAGUCGUCUCCUGAGCCGGAAACAAAAGAACCGGAGACAAAAGAAACCGCGGAAGGGGAAGGAGAGAAAUCAGAAAAAGAAGCGCCUAAGGCAGGGGAAUCGGGACCUUAG